AUGGCAAUUAGAUGCUUAAGCUUUGUAACAUGUAUACUAACACUAAGUAGUAUCUUAGUACUAGGAAUUUCUGUUGAUCUUCCAAUUAAUUGUGGUGGCAAUGUUUUUGACAUUGCACUAAAAUGUAAACAGUACGUCGGAAAGGAUGGACCCAAAACUGCACCAUCAGAAGCUUGUUGUGCAACAUUAAAAGAUGUUGAUGUGGCAUGUUACUGCAAGUUUGUGACUCCUGAUAUUGUAGAUAAAAUCAGCAUGGAAAAAGCUUUGUAUGUAGCAAAAACUUGUGGAGUUAAACCUAUUCCUACAGAUAAAUGUGGAAGUUAUACUAUUCCUCCUCCUCCAUUUAAGGCUUGA